AUGUCAUUGUUUUACAAUUUUAAGUCCAUCACGGUUGUUCCAACCUAUAAGGACUUUAUGGAUAUUGUGUUGUCCAAAACACAGCGCAAAACUCCAACAGUGGUGCAUAAAGGUUACCACAUCUCAAGAAUUCGUCAAUUUUACAUGAGAAAAGUGAAAUUUACGCAGAAGACUAUCAACGAGAAGCUUACUUAUAUUUUACAGGAGUUUCCGCGUAUGGAUGGCAUCCAUCCCUUCUAUGGCGACCUCAUGCAUAUUUUAUACGAUAGAGAUCAUUACAAAGUUGCCCUUGGCCAAGUUGGAGCUGUACGUCAUAUGGUGGACAACAUAGGGCGCGACUAUGUUCGUUUACUCAAAUACGGUGAUUCUCUUUACCGCUGCAAGCAACUAAAACGAGCGGCUUUAGGUAGGAUGGCUACUGCAUGCAAAAAAUUAAACAGCGCCUUGGUUUAUCUUGAGAAAGUUCGCCAGCACAUGUCUCGCUUGCCCUCUAUAGACCCUAACGCACGAACUCUUUUGAUUACAGGGUUCCCGAACGUGGGCAAGUCUAGUUUUAUGAACAAAGUGACACGAGCCAAUGUAGAAGUUCAACCAUAUGCAUUCACCACCAAGUCGCUUUUUGUUGGCCACACUGACUACAAUUAUACAACCUGGCAAGUCAUCGACACGCCCGGCAUUCUGGACCACUCUCUCGAGGAGCGCAACGUCAUUGAGAUGCAAGCCAUCACCGCCCUUGCCCAUCUCCGUGCCUGUAUUCUAUUCUUCAUGGACCUCAGCGGGCAGUGUGGGUAUUCCAUCGAGCAGCAGGUCUCCCUUUUCCGCUCCAUUGGCCCCCUCUUCGUCGGGAAACCCGUUGUGGUGGUAUUGAACAAGUCCGACGUCUGUACGAUUGACGAUGUGGCGGCUUCGGAACAAGCCCUGAUUCUCUCUGCCGUUGAGGCUUCCCAGGCCCAGUGGCUCACCACGAGUACUCUCACAGAUGCAGGGGUGGGGAAGCUCAAGCAGAUGGCCUGCGACACCCUCCUCGCCCACCGCUCCGAGCAGAAGGAGGGCUCCGGGCGGUACCAGGCAAUCCAAAAUCGCCUCUACUGCGCCGUCCCCACCCCGCGGGACGCGGUCGAGCGGGGCUCUCACAUCCCCGCGAGUGUGCAGGCGGAGCGCGCGGACGGCGCCCCGCCCUUGGUCCGGCGAAAGACUGAGCGGGAUUACGAAUGGGAAAACGGGGGGCCCGGGUGCUAUCAGGCGAAUGAGCGACGGACCUGGGAUUUGGAGGACCCGGAGUGGGUGGAGGAUAUCAUCCCGGAUAUUAUGGAUGGGCGGAAUAUUUAUGAUAAUAUCGAUCCCGACAUCCACGACCGCCUCCUUGAGUUGGAGGCGGAGGAGGAGGCCCGGCUGGAGCAGCUGGAGCUGGAGGAAUCGAACAGGAAACCCCAAUACGAGCUCGAUGACAACACCAUCGAGGCGGUGAAGUUCAUCAAGGACAAAGUGAAGGUGCUGAAGAUGGAGCGGGCAAUGAAGAACCCGAGCAUUCGCCGUACCCGACAGCAGUCCAUUGCUGUCAAACGAUUUAAUAGCCGGACGGGCAGCCAAGACGCGCGAGGGGGAGAUUCGGAAGGCGUGGGCGCGGCGUCUCCUUUAUCCUCUCGAAAACGUGGACGCUCGAUGUCAGUGGCGCAAGAGGCCUUAAUGCGCGAUCGCUCAGGAUCUACUCAUAUUACGACAAAAACAACGCGCAGCCUUAGCGGACGCUCUGGGCGAACCGAUCGAAGCCUCAGCACCACCCGUGGGGAGGGAUUCAAGGAUGUGAACGAGAAACUACGCGCGGUGAAGAUUAGCAAAGUAAAGGCUCGCCCCCUUGCAAGACAGGCGCGUAAAGGCGAGGCUGAUCAUCACGUUCCGAACCUCCGCCCGAAACAUCUUUUUACUGGAAAGGUUAAGAGUAAUGGUGGUCGGGAUCGCCGCUAA